AUGAACGAGUCCAAUAUCAACGAUAUCACACAAGACGCCCGUGUACGGGUCCUCACCGGCCUCUACUCCCAGGAAGAAAUCCUUGAACAGCUCAUCGAGAUCUACGAACUUCCCGAGCACGGCACAGCCGUCGUCCAACAACUCAUUCAAUCACUCUGGGACCAGCAACUAGAAGAAGAGGCCACAUGGUCCGAUGAACCGACCGACGUUGAAAAGCUCGAAGACGCUUUCUCCCGUCUAGAAGAUGAGGAUCACAUCAUCUGUCGCAUGAAUUUUACCUGCUGUGGAAGCUGCGGGAAUGCCGAGAUAGGCGGGGAGGCAGAUGAAUCACACAUUGGGUACUGCUUCUUCCAUCAGCAGGAUACAGAGGCAGCAGUCAAGGGCGCGGGGCUAUUUCUUCGAUAUGGAAUUUUCAAAGGGAAGACUACGGACGGGAGUGUGGUGAAUAUCGGCAGGAAAAUCGCUGCAACGCUACGAGAAGAAGGGCUUAAGGUGGACUGGGAUGAGGAUCCGAAGAAGACCAUCAACCUUGAUCCGUUUCAGUGGCGUGUCCGUCUCAGAUGGUUGUAA